AUGACUUCCCAAGACGAGCUGGACCACGAUGACUCGGAGUCAAGGAAAAAUACCUCACAUAGAAAAGAAGAACAUGCAAAUGAGGGAGCUUUCACCCUCACAGACCUUGUUGCAGCCAUCCAUGUUAUGAGGGAAACGCAGAGGGAGAUGGUGGACACAAUCAAAGAGCUAAAAUGUUUAGUCUCCAAGCCAAGCGAAGAAAACGAAAGACCACCCCAAAAGGAAUCUGCUGCUGCCCGAAAGGGUUCUGAACAAAAGGGACCAUCUUUUGUCACUCACGAAGAUGUCAUUGCCAUGCUGGAGAAUAAAGUAAGCCGAAGCCAUGAGGAUUGGAAAUAUGUCCCUCAGCCACCAUAUCCAUCAAGCCUACUCCAACAGCCAUACCCCAAUGGCUAUGAAGCACCAAGCUUUGUCCUUUUCGACAGAAGGAAAGGGAGCCCGAAGGAGCAUGUCAACCGCUUCAUCGAUGCUUUGGGACCACAUGCUGGUGAUUAUAACCUCCGACUUAGAUAA